AUGACGAAACACGAGAACAAAGUUGUUAUUAAGUUGGGCCAAAUUACACCCGCCUUUGCUAAGUUAGUGCUUGAUUGUCGGUCCUGGUUCGUCCCUGCAGUGUCUAAGAACUUAAUUGAAGAGAAGAGUUGGAAAAUCAAAGAUUACGUCAAGUUAGCUAAACAUUUCCUUUCUUCUCACAUACUGGCCUUUUCACAAUCAGUUGAACAUAACAAUCUUAAGAUUAUCUCAUUACGUGAGAAUGGUAAGACUUUCUAUUUUAAAGUAUGCAAAUAUCUCUUAUCUCCUUCUUUGUUCAAAAAAGAUCUAGGAUUUAAUGCGCGUAAUAACGGUUAUUUAGUUAUUCCUUUUAAUAUUGAUAAGUCCGAUCCAAUUUAUGAGAUGAUUGAUGAGAUGAAAAGAAAUGCACCUAAUUCUUAUCUUACUUCACGUGCUUUGGUUAUUAAAGGUCUUGGUGAUCAUCAGUAUAUCUUCUCUCACUAUCUAGUACAGAAAGAAGAGAAACCGGGUCAGGCUAAUUUAGUUAAACUAUCUUUACAAGAGAUAGGACCUCGGAUGGAACUUAAGCUGCAAAAGAUUGAAGAAGGUAUCUGUUCUGGUGAAGUACUCUAUCAUACUUAUAUUCAGAAGACACCAGAAGAACUUAAGGCUAGAGAAGAGGCUUUACAGGCUAAACGGGCUUUGCGAUUACAACGACGUAGUGAGCAAGAAGAGAACGUGCGUAAGAAGAAUCCUAAACGGGUUAAGUUAAGUGGAGAUAAGGAAAAAGAUAAGAAUGAUAGUGAAGGUAGUGAAGGUAGUGAUAUUAGUCAGUCAGAUAGUGGGUCAGAGGAACAAUCCGAUUGGUCUUCAGCUAAGGAGAACAUGCCCUAG